AUGCAGGGGAUAUUCAAGAGAGCCUCAAAAAUAUUUCAGCAAACUCGUGCUCUCCUAUGGAAAAAUAUUCUUCUGGUGUGGAGGAUGAAGACAGAAAGUUUUCAGGAAUGGAUUACAUGGGUGGUUUUUCUCUUAAUAAUACAAACAUCAUCAAGUAUGAUAUUCCACCACCCGUGGAGAGAAAUCCCUUACAACUUCCUCGGACGAUUAGAUGAUCCAGCCUUUAACGCUACGGGAGUUACACUGGCAUACACACCUGUAACAAACGCCACCAGGCAAAUAAUGAGCAAAGUGGCUUCGGAUUCUGCAAUGACGGGUAUAAUAAUAGAAGAGAUGGAAAAUGAGAACAAAAUGGAAACAAGAGGAGUUUUGGAAGAGGAGAUUAUUGGUGUUGUUUUUAAGGAUGACUUCUCCUACCAUCUCAGAUUUCAAAGACACAGAGUGGUGUCUCCAAAUGAUGCCUUUGACUACAUCGAUACCUGCUUCAAUUUUUCGUCAAGUGAGUGCAAAGUUCCUUUGUACUGGUAUGAUGGUUUCCUAUCAGUGCAGUCCAGCAUUGAUGCAGCACUGAUAGAAAUGAAAACAAACCAUUCUGUCUGGGAAGAGAUGAAGUCAAUUAGCGGCGUUCGUCUGAAAUCUCCCUUAAUCAAAGCUGUGCGCAGACUGGAUUACAUUUGGUUCAUUAUUUACGUUAUAUUCUGCUUCUCCCCAUAUAUGUACUUUUUAUCAGUGAAAGUUGUGAGAGAGAAAAAGAAGCUCAAGGUAUUAAUGAGAGCAAUGGGUUUGCAGGAUAUCGCAUUCUGGUUAUCCUGGAGCUUGCUGUACACCAUUUACAUUUCAAUAACGGCAAGUCUGCUGACACUGAUCACGAUUAGAGGAGUCACCCCUGAUUGCAACUUUUUUGAAAUAUUUUUUUUUUAUUUCUUUUAUGGCAUAGCAUCUAUUCACUUCUGUUUCAUGCUGUGCUCAUUGUUAAAGCAGCCAGAUAUUGCCAGUUUCGUGGGAUUUGUCCUUCACAUCAUCUUUGGAUUGCUGGGCCUGUUGACGUUGUUUGAAAAACUACCACCGUCUUCAGAAUGGAUUUUUAAUCUCUUCAGUCCUUUUGUCUGUACAGCUGGCAUCUCAAAGAUGGUAAAAUUAGAAAAAUAUGGACCAGCCUUUCCACCAGAAUUGUACCCUUUCUUUAACCUAUACAUCAUACUGAACCUCGACAGCGUUUUGUAUUUGCUGUUGGCCAUCUACUUUGAUAAGGUUUUGCCUGGCAAGUACGGAGUACCGUAUCCCCCUUUGUUCUUCCUGAGACGGUCAUACUGGUGCAAGCCCAGGAGCGGGUACGUGGGAGUGCAAACUGGCAGCAAGAGCAACCACCAUCCUAACCUUAGCGAUAAUAACACUGAGCCGAUGCCUUCAGGCUUUGAUGGGAAGGAAGCAAUCAGACUAAACAAUAUUAAAAAAAUAUACAAGAAGAAGGACAAGAGAAAUGAAGCUUUAAGGGGUUUGUCUUUAAAUAUAUAUGAAGGCCAGAUCACUGCAUUACUUGGUCGCAGUGGAUCUGGAAAAACUGCUCUUUUAAAUGUGCUCAGUGGAUUUUCCAAGCCUUCAGCAGGUUCUGCAAUGAUAUACGACUACAAAGUUUCUGAAGUACAGGAUAUGGAAGGAAUUCAGGCAAUGGUUGGGAUUUGUCCCCAGUUUAAUUUGCAUUUUGAAGCCUUAACGGUGAAGGAAAACCUGAGAACUUUUGCUCACAUCAAGGGGAUUGAGCGGAAGGAAGUAGAGCAAGAGGUGCAGAAAGUUCUCACGAUGUUGGACCUCACUGACCUUCAGGACGUUCACGCCAAUACACUGAGUGGGGGACAAAAAAGAAAAUUGUCUCUUGGAAUUGCAAUUUUAGGGAAUCCCCAGGUGUUGCUUUUAGACGAGCCAACGGCUGGGUUGGAUCCCUGCUCCAGGCACCAUGUGUGGAGCCUUCUGAAGGAACGCCAGGCUGGACGUGUGACGCUUUUCACGACCCAGUCCAUGGAGGAGGCCGAUGCUCAUGCUGAUCGGAAAGCUUUCCUCUCAAAUGGGACAUUACAGUGUGUUGGCUCGUCUUUGUACUUGAAGAGAAAAUGGGGAAUUGGCUAUCGCUUAAGGUUGCGCAUAAAUGACCUGUGUGACCCUGAGCUUACAUCAUCCCUGAUCCGACAGUACAUCCCUGAUGCCACACUCAAAGGGCAGAAGGAGGGUGAGCUGUGUUAUAUGCUGCCUCUGGAAAACACUGAUAGCUUCCCAGAUCUGUUCAGCCAUCUCGAGAGCAGUCUCUUGCAGGGGGUUGUUAAUUAUGAGGUUAGCAGGACAACCCUGGAAGAUGUUUUUCUGAAGCUGGAGGGUGAGGAAGCCAUCGAUCAAGAAGAAGACGGAGACCUCGAGGAGAGGGCCCAAAGCCUCCUGGUGUUUUCCGAACAGGGGAGCGCGGCAGUGAGCGGGAUGGAGCUCUGGAGGCAGCAAGUGUGUGCCGCAAUGAGAGUUCGCUUCUUAAAACUAAAGCACGAAGGAAAGUUGCUCGGGUCCACAUUGCUGUUCUUUGUAAUAUUUGUCCUUCCAAUGCUGACGAUUUUCACUGUAUUUCAACUGUGGGAGAGCUCCAGUAGCUGGGAAGUCACGGCUAGCUUGUAUUUUCUUCCCACUGAAGAAAAAAUUCAAAAUAAGUCGACAAACCUUCUGAUCUUCAAUGAUACAGGAUCAGAAAUUGAGGAUUUCAUUGCUGCUUUGAAGACUCAAAACAUAAUCCCAGAAAUAACUCUUGAGAAAGACAUCACAAGCAUUCCGCUAUAUAAUGGGGCUAUAAAAAUAGCCCUGGAAGGCAAGAGCUACCGAUUCACGGUCAUGUGCAGUGCAGAACUCGUCAACUGUUUCCCCGUGCUCAUGAACAUCCUCAGCAACACCUUCCUAAGGCUCUUCAACUCCACCGCGCACAUCCGCGUCUGGAGUGAUCCCUUUUACUCUACACAAAGCCCAGAAAUAAAGGCUGAUAUUUUUUUCAUCUGUCUCAGCUACAUGCUGACUUUGGCUGCUGGCUUGCCUCCUCUCUUUGCAAUGAGCAGCAUGGAAGACUACAAGCUGGUGGACGUCCCGCUCUUCUGGACCCUGGUGUGCCUCAUGUUCGGGGUCUUGCUGCUCUUCAACCAGAGCUUCCCCUUGCAGACCAGCGACGUGCUGACCCUGAUCAUUUGCAUCAUUGGUUACGGAGUAUCUCUUGUCCUCCUCGUCUAUUUAAUUGCCUUUAAAUUCCGGACGGGACGAAGCAAUCGUUACAUUUGGUCUUCCGUGUUCAUUCUGGUGAAUUUCACUUUCUAUAUGAUCAGUGACCUACACGAAGCACUUUACUUCACCUUCUCUACUUUGAUUCCUGUGUUUCCACUGCUGGGCUGGUUGAUCUUCUGCACACCACGUUUCUCAUUUUAUCACAGUACUGGUCUUCUUGAGUCAUGGAAUCACGUCUUCGUAGCUGUCUUUGCACCCUACAUCCAUUGUGUGAUUUUUGCUUUUCUCCUGCGCUGUUUGGAGAUGAGAUCUGGAGAAGCAGUUACGAGACUUGAUCCCAUCUUCAGGAUCCAGCAGAGGAAAGCGGUCGCCCACCAGAACAGGGAUCCCCCUGGGGAGGAGUCUCCAGAAGUCCAGGCGGAGAGGGAGAGGGUGAGGACCACGAUGGCAUCCAUGCAGCAGGAGGAGUCGGUUAUCGUUGUCAACAGUUUGCGCAAGGAAUGGGAAGACAAGAAAGCCAGUUCCAUCUUUAAGAAAAAGAAGAAAGUUGCUGUCAAAAACCUCUCUUUUAGUGUCAAAAAAGGAGAAGUGUUAGGACUGUUAGGACCCAGCGGAGCUGGAAAAAGCACAACUAUAAACAUGAUUUCUGGAGACAUAACGGUGACUGCUGGGGAGGUGCUGCUCAAGGGCUGCGAUGCAGCUGCCUCCUCCCCAGGGCAGGGCAGCCGAGGAUGCCUGGGCUGCUGCCCGCAGAAGGACCCGCUCUGGCCAGACCUGACCGUGCACCAGCAUCUGGAGACGUACGCUGCCCUGAGAGGGAUGAGGAAAGAAGAUGCAGCUGUUACCAUCAGCCGCAUAGCAAAGGCCUUGGAUCUCCAGAAGCAUUUAAAAACCCCAGCUAGGAGGUUACCUGCUGGAGAAGCCAGAAAGCUGUGUUUUGCGCUGAGUGUCCUGGGAGAUCCGAUGGUAAUGCUUUGGGAUGAGCCUUCAGCCGGCAUGGACCUGAAAGGGCAGCGCCGUAUGGGGAAAGUGAUUCAGACCGCUGUGAAAAGCAGGGAGCGGGCAGCCAUCCUCAGCACAAAGUACCUGGAGGAGGCGGCGAUGUGUGACCGGGUGGCCAUCCUGGUGUCAGGGCAGCUGCGGUACAUCGGUUCCCUUGAUGAUCUGAAAAAGAAGUUUGGCACAAGUUACCACCUAGAAGUCAAAAUGAGGGAUGUGGGGCAAAGCGAUGCUCUCCAUGCCGAAAUUCUGCACCUCUUCCCCUCCGCAGCUCGGCAAGAAAGGACUUCUUCUUUGCUCGUCUACAAGAUACCAAUGGAAGAUGCAUUACCUCUGUCCCAGUCUUUCUCCAAGCUAGAAGCAGCUAAACAGAAUUUCAGGCUUGAGGAGUACAGCUUGUCAUUGCACACUUUGCAACAGGUGUUUGUAGACCUCACCAGGGACCCGGAGGAGCACGACCUGGAUGCGGCAUCCGACGGGGCUGUGGAGCGGAGACUGCUUCACCCCUAA